UUGAUAAUUAUUUAUCCAGAGUUUAUAGGUCCUGUUAGCCUCACUCUAUACCGCAAUGGUCCAGCAGACAUAUUUACUAUCCUGUUCUAUGCUGUUGCUUGGGUUGUGGUCCACGCUGUCAUUCAAGAGUACUUCUUGGAUAAACUGCAAAGGAAGGCAAGGCUAUCAAAGGUGAAGACGUUCAAGUUCACAGAAUCAGGUCACAUGUCGUUAUUUGCCCUCUAUUCUGCAUGUCAUGCUGCAUAUGUCAUCAUGGACUUUGUGCAAAAUUAUACCGAUGUGAAGAGGAUCUGGUUAGGAUAUCCUGAGGAACAUCGCUGGAUGAAUCUCAACAUGAAACUGUUUGCCAUUCUUCAGAUAUCAUACUGGAUUCACCAGUUUCCUGAGUUCUAUUUCCAAAAGAUGAAAGCUGAUGAGAUCAGACAACGAACAGUACUGUCCCUCCUUCAUAUUUGUUUCAUUAGCGCUGCUUACAUUAUGAACUUUAUGCGGUUCGCUGUUGUGCUUCUAGCAUUGGAGUAUGCUUCACAGACUAUUUUUCACUUCUCUCGACUUCUUCACUUCCUCGAGAAGAAAAAAAUUGCUAAAAGGAUUACCCUCUGCCGAUAUCGUGGUCAUCAUGUUCGCCUGGCUUCCUCUGUACUGACAGUCAUGACAUUCUGGUAUGGUCUGCGUCAAUCUGAAUCAGCUUAUAUUGAUGUCGCAAGUGGCAAUUACAACACUGCCUAUGUUCGCUUAAAUUGCCUUCUUGUUGUCCUUUCGCUGCAGUUGUUCCAAUUGUGGAACUUCACAAGCUUCCACGUAGGACGGUUCAAGGAAAGUGCUAGUCGAAAAGCCAAGACUGAGACUAAACGACUUACUCCUCAGCCAAAGCCGAAGAAAGUGAAAACAGAAGACUCAAUCUCCGAGCCAGAGCAAGCUGAUGAGUUGGAUGGUAAUGUGAAGAAGGGCAAGAAGAAGACGAACUAA